AUGCAGAAGCGUGUGAUUGGUUGGUGGCCAAUCGACCCAAUAAUGUGCAGAUUGAGGAUUAAGGGUCGAUUCUUCAACAGCAGCAUCAUUAACGUGCACGGCCCUCACCUUGCAAGUCCCGAUGAUGACAAAGGCGAUUUCUACGCGCAGCUGGAACGAGAAUUCGAACGCUGCCCUAAACAUGACAUCAAGAUCAUCAUCGGAGAUUUCAAUGCCAAGAUCGGUAAAGAGGAGGAGUUCAAACCUACGGUCGGCAUUUUUUUGGACAUAACUGACGUCAGAACCUAUCGAGGCGGUAACAUCGAUUCGGACCGCUACCUAGUGAUGGUUAAGAUGCGCCCAAAACUCUCCGUUGUGAACAACAUUCGUUACCGAUGCCGGCAACGGUACGAUCUUACGCGACUGAAACAAGCAAAUGUCGCCGAAAACUACGCACAUUCGCUUGAAGCUGCGUUGCCGGAAGAGGACCAGAUUAACGAAACUGCUCUUGAGGACUGUUGGAGCAUGAUUAAAACGACCAUAAACAGCGUAGCGGAGAACAUCCUAGGACACGUGGUACGAAGACGACGGUACGAGUGGUUCGAUGAUGAGUAUCAGCAAGUGUUACACGAGAAGAACACUGCGCGGGAGAUAAUGGUGCGUCAAGCUACCUAUCAGAACAUGGAACGAUAUAGAUAG